AUGCCAUGCCUGGUCGACAAGAAAGUCCUGACGCGCUCCGAAGUGCUUUGUCUGUUGUGCCAUAUGACCUUAUGUUCCCUAAAAAAACGACCCCAACAUCCGUGGUGGAUAACCUUCGAAAUUUGGUUGCGUGAUGGUCAGUGCUGCGCGAUUGCCUAUUUGCACACACUCUUCGUCUAUUUUUCCAGGUCUUUUGCCGCGAAGAUCCCUCUGUGUGGAGAAAUAGUUUUUCAAAAAAAAGUCAGCGGUGCUUUGCCGUUGGAUGUCUUAAAGCAGUGUACUUUCAGUAGCGUGGAAGUAAAACUGGAUGGAGCGAUUGGCGAUCUUCCGCUGCCGGAAGUUGAUUUCGCUAACAAAAAUAUCGGCUACGGUAAAACGGGAACGCAAGAAGAAAUGAUUUUCGGUUCCACACCGGAACUAUGUGUCGCCAUGCUUUUUUGUGAAGCCAUGAAGGACAACGAAGCGAUCUUCAUGAGCGGUGCAUUUAAAGUGGCUGAGUUAAGCGGGUAUGGUUUGGAUGUUUCGAGUUUCAUCACGUUCCUGUCGUUUCUUUCUUCCGGUGAUGUGUCGCCUCAUCUUUUGUGGGAACGUCUGAAACAUUGCGAAGUAAAAGAAGGGGAGGAUUUAUUCCUACAUCUUCAAACCAAAAUCGAAUCGGCUUGA